AUGAAGGUCACCAAGCGCUCCGGUGUCGUGCUCCUCGCCUCGGCGGCGUCCGUCGCCGGCCAGUGCGCGCUGCCCACCUCGUACAAGUGGACUUCCAGCGACGCCCUGGUCGAGCCCAAGAACGGAUGGGUCGCCCUCAAGGACUUUUCGGUGUCCCCCUACAACGGCCAGCACCUCGUCUACGCCUCCACCCACGACCAGUCCAACUACGGCUCCAUGGUCUUCAGCCCUUUCGGCGACUGGAGCGAGAUGGCCUCGGCCACGCAAACGGGUCUCCCCCAGGGCACCGUCGCCCCCACCAUCUUCUUCUUCGAGCCCGGGAACGUCUGGAUCCUGGCCUACCAGUGGGGCCCAACCACCUUCUCCUACAAGACCUCCAACGACCCGACCGACGCCAACAGCUGGUCGGACGCGAAGCCGCUGUUCGAGGGCAAGAUCUCCGGCUCGUCCACGGGCGCCAUCGACCAGACCGUCAUCGGCGACGACACCAACAUGUACCUCUUCUUCUGCGGCGACAACGGCUCCAUCUACCGCGCCAGCAUGCCCAUCGGCAACUUCCCCGGCAGCUUCGGCACCGAGUUCGUCACCGUCAUGUCGGACUCCACCAACAACCUGUUCGAGGCCGUGCAGGUCUACAAGGUCCAGGGCGCCGACCAGUACUUGAUGUUGGUCGAGGCCAUGGGCUCCGGGGGACGCUUCUUCCGGUCUUUCACCGCCAGCAGCCUCGACGGCGAGUGGACUCCCAACGCUGCUACCGAGAGCAGCCCCUUUGCGGGUAAGGCCAACUCGGGCGCCACCUGGACCAACGAUAUCAGCCACGGUGAGCUGGUGCGUGCCAGCCAGAACGAGAAGUUCGAGGUCGACCCUUGCUCGCUGCAGCUGCUGUACCAGGGCCGUGACCCCAACGCCAACGCGGACUACGACAAGCUGCCGUACCGCCCGGGUGUGUUGACGCUGGCUUCGUAA